AUGGGGAAAUUGCCGCAGAAAACGGGAAUCCCGAUAUUCGGAAAUGGACUCGAGAUUGGGAGACUCGAGAAUCAAGAACUAGAGCCAUGGUUUCGCCGAGAAGCUGAUAAAGUACUGAACAAUGGCGGCCAUAUGAUGUGCGUACAAGUGAUGAGCAAAUAUUUGGCUAUUCCUUUGGAUGGAGAAGGGAUAAAGCCAAUUCUCGACUCUACUGUUGAAAUCACGAAAAGCGAUGAUUACGAAUUUGUGCUUCCAUGGAUUGGGAAAGGAUUGUUGACUGCAGAUGGUGAAAAGUGGAAAACUCGUCGCCGAAUGUUGACUCCAACUUUUCAUUUCAAAAUGCUCGACGGAUAUGUGGAAGUUUUUGAUCGUUUGAGUCGAAAACUAUGCCAAGUACUCGAAAAGUCUGAUGGAAAAGUGAUCGAUUUGUUUCCGAUUGUGAAAAAUUGCGCUCUUGACAUCAUUUGCGAAUCAGCAAUGGGCGUCUCAGUGAACGCUCUCGAGAACAAAGAGGAUCCUUACGUGGCCGCUUUAAUCGAUAUGGGUUUUCUUGUAAUGCAAUGGUCGAUGAAUCCACUGAAUUGGUUUCCUCCUUAUUGGCUCCUUUCCGGUCAUCGCAAACGCUUCAAUGAAAAUGUCAAAUAUCUCACGGAUUUUACAAAGAAAGUAAUAUCCGAUCGUCAACGAGAAUUCGAAAAAGGAAAUCGAAAAUUUCUUGGCAAUAAAGUCACGUUUUUGGAUUUCCUUUUAGAAGCAAAAGAAGCGAAUAAUUUGACGGAUGAAGAUAUUCGAGAAGAAGUUGAUACAUUCAUGUUUGAGGGACAUGACACAACAUCGUCUGGCAUUGCUUGGAUUCUCUGGUGUCUUGCGCAUCAUCAAGAUGUUCAAGAGAAUUUACUCGAUGAGAUCAAUUCGGUUUUUCAAGAUGGAAAUAGCACCAAUUUGACUCACGAAAUGAUCAAAGAGACUCCAUUACUCGAUCAAAUCAUCAAAGAGUCCGCUAGAAUUUUCCCGCCAGUGCCCAUCGUUCAACGAGAGAUUCAAAAUGAUUUUCAAUCAGGUGAAUUCAUUCUCCCGAAAGGCUGUGUUGUUUGGAUAAAUCCGAUGAUUAUUCAUCGAAAUAGAAAGGUUUGGGGUGAUGACUUUAUGCAAUUCAAGCCAGAGCGUUUUGCGCCAGAAAACGAGAAACCGAGACACCCAUACGAUUUGAUUCCUUUCUCGGCUGGGCUAAGGAAUUGUAUCGGACAACGCUUUGCCCUUUUGGAAGAGAAAGUCAUGGUGAUGCAUUUAAUCAAAAAUUACAAACUUUUCCCAACAGAAGUUGGAUUUCAUGAGAAUGAACUGAGAGAAGAGAUUGUUACAAAGCCGCAUCGAGGAUUGAAAUUGAGAAUUGAAAAGAGAAAAGAAAUCAUUCGAGAUUUUGAA